AUGAAGCGCGACCCGCAGCUCCCCGAGGAGCGCCCGGAGCCCCGGCCCCGCCCGAUCCUCCCCUGCUCGCCCUCGGGGCAGGCGGAGGGCGCGGAGCUGGUGGCGCCGCUGUGGAUCUUCGGCUACGGCUCGCUGGUGUGGAGGCCGGGCUUCGAGUUCACGUCGCGCAAGGUGGGCUUCAUCCGCGGGUACAGCCGGCGCUUCUGGCAGGGGGACACCUUCCACCGCGGCAGCGAGAAGAUGCCCGGCCGGGUGGUGACGCUGCUGGAGGACGGCGGGGCGUGCACGUGGGGUGUAGCCUAUGAAGUCCGUGGGGAACAAAUCGCUGCAUCGCUCGAGUAUCUCAACAUGCGAGAAGCUGUCCUGGGAGGCUAUGACACCAAGCUGGUGACGUUCCACCCUCAGGAGAAAGAUGCAGAGGAACCCAUCCUGGCUCUUGUUUACAUUGCAACACCCCAGAACCCUUCCUACCUUGGCCCGGCAUCUGAAGAAGACAUUGCAGCUCAAAUCAUUGUCUCAAGUGGUUGUGCUGGUCACAACAUUGAGUACUUGCUGAGACUGGCAGACUUUAUGCGCUACUUCUGUCCUCAAGCAGAGGAUAAACAUCUCUUCUCCAUCGAAGAGGCUCUUAUUUCCAUCCUUCCGUGUCUAUACUACACAGAGGAGUCACUAGAAGAAACUGCAAGUGUCCCUCAGAAGUCUAAGGGUUGA